UCUGAACGUCCAAGGCCUCCCAAGUAGUGAACCCCUCACUGACAACAUCCACUGUACCCCGUUUGUUUGCUCAGACACCUCUAGUAAAUUAUGUCUUCGAAUCGUUUUGUUCUGUCUUGGCCUGUGAUGGAACAUAUACGAUUCAAAGAUUUCAUUUUCUCUUGCUCGUCCACAUUUUCUCAGCAGCCAAACUGGGGGGCGGGAUUGGGAAUUAGGAUUUAGGGCUUGGUUGCGCAAUGCGGAUGCUCUUAUACGCUUGAGGAUUUUAUGUUUGACUGUAGCUGAAAAUUUGGGGUUUUACAAAGUGGUAUUAGGGUUUUAUGCAAAAUUGCAUUCAGAAAGCGGCUCGGAAGCUUUGGACAUGGAAGAGUCUCCGACUCUGGGGAAACGGAAGCUACCUGAAGAAAUUUCGGAGGUCAAACAGACCCCAAAGCAAGAAGAAUCUGCCUCGAAGCGGCGCAAUUUGACACGCACAUGUGUGCACGAGGCAGCUGUUCCAGUUGGGUACACUUCAAACAAGGACGAAUCUGUUCACGGAACCCUCUCAAAUCCUGUCUACAAUGGAAAAAUGGCAAAGACCUACCCCUUCACUCUCGACCCAUUCCAGCAAGUAUCGGUUGCAUGUCUAGAACGGAAUGAAUCAGUUUUGGUUUCUGCCCAUACAUCGGCAGGCAAGACUGCUGUAGCUGAAUAUUCAAUUGCCAUGGCAUUUAGGGAUAAACAAAGGGUUAUUUACACAUCACCUUUGAAGGCAUUGAGUAAUCAGAAGUAUAGAGAGCUAAGCCAGGAAUUCUCUGAUGUGGGGUUAAUGACUGGUGAUGUCACGCUCUCGCCUAAUGCGAGUUGCUUGGUCAUGACUACGGAGAUUUUGAGAGGAAUGCUAUAUAGGGGUUCUGAGGUUUUGAAGGAAGUUGCCUGGGUCAUUUUUGAUGAAAUUCAUUACAUGAAGGACCGUGAGAGAGGGGUAGUUUGGGAAGAGAGUAUAAUUUUCCUACCUACUGCUAUUAAAAUGGUUUUCCUCUCUGCUACAAUGUCGAAUGCUACAGAAUUUGCGGAGUGGAUUUGUAAUUUGCAUAAACAGCCAUGUCAUGUGGUGUACACAGAUUUUCGACCAACACCUCUGCAGCAUUAUGUGUUUCCCAUAGGUGGAUCAGGACUGUAUCUUGUUGUUGAUGAGAAUGAGCAGUUCAGGGAAGACAAUUUUGUGAAGCUGCAGGACAGUUUCACGAAGCAGAAGCAGGGUGUUGGAAGCAAGAGUGUGAAUUCCAAAACGAGUGGUCGAAUUGCUAAAGGUGGUAAUGCUUCGGGGGGUUCUGACAUAUUUAAAAUUGUAAAGAUGAUUAUGGAACGGAAGUUUCAACCAGUUAUCAUUUUCAGCUUCAGUAGAAGAGAGUGUGAGCAACAUGCCAUGUCCAUGUCCAAGCUUGAUUUCAAUACCAAAGAGGAGAAGGAUGUAGUUGAGCAGGUUUUCCGGAAUGCGGUAUUAUGCUUGAAUGAAGAAGACAGAAAUUUACCUGCUAUUGAGUUGAUGUUGCCACUACUGCAGCGAGGCAUCGCUGUUCACCAUUCUGGUCUUCUUCCUAUUAUUAAAGAAUUGGUAGAGCUUCUAUUCCAAGAAGGCCUUGUAAAGGCCCUUUUUGCCACGGAGACUUUUGCCAUGGGUUUAAACAUGCCUGCAAAAACAGUUGUUUUCACAGCUGUUAAGAAGUGGGAUGGUGAUAGUCAUCGUUUCAUUGGAUCAGGCGAGUAUAUCCAGAUGAGUGGAAGAGCUGGGCGCCGUGGCAAAGAUGAUCGUGGCAUUUGUAUCAUAAUGAUUGAUGAGCAGAUGGAGAUGAACACACUCAGGGACAUGGUUCUGGGUAAGCCAGCUCCAUUGGUCAGUACUUUCAGGCUGAGUUACUACUCAAUUCUGAAUUUACUGAGCCGUGCUGAAGGCCAAUUUACUGCCGAGCAUGUAAUCAGCAAUUCAUUCCACCAAUUUCAGUAUGAGAAGGCUUUACCUGAUAUAGGUAAAAAGGUGUCAAAGCUGGAACAUGAAGCAGCCAUGCUUGAUGCUUCGGGAGAGGCUGAAGUUGCUGAAUAUCAUAAGUUAAGACUUGAUAUAGCUCAACUUGAGAAGAAGAUGAUGUCGGAAAUAACAAGGCCAGAAAGGGUUUUAUAUUUUCUUCUUCCUGGAAGGCUGGUUAAGGUCAGGGAAGGUGGAACAGAUUGGGGGUGGGGAGUGGUGGUUAAUGUUGUGAAAAAGGCCCCCGCAGGAGGCACAUUGCCUUCAGCCCUGUCUUCUUCACGUGGUGGUGGCUAUAUAGUUGAUACCCUACUUCAUUGUUCACCUGGUUCAACUGAGAAUGGCUCACGUCCAAAACCGUGCCCUCCUCACCCUGGUGAAAAGGGUGAAAUGCAUGUGGUCCCAGUUCAAUUGUCCCUGAUCUCUGCUCUUAGCAAACUAAGAAUAUCUAUACCUCCUGACCUCCGGCCAUUGGAAGCAAGGCAAAGCAUACUGCUUGCAGUCCAGGAGCUAGGAACACGCUUCCCUCAAGGCCUUCCGAAGCUUAAUCCAGUCAAGGACAUGGGUAUUGAAGAUCCAGAAUUUGUUGAGUUGGUCAAUCAAAUUGAGGAACUUGAGCGGAAAUUAUUUGCUCAUCCACUGCACAAGUGCCAGGAUGAGAAUCAGAUCAGAAGUUUCCAGAGGAAAGCGGAGGUGAAUCAUGAAAUUCAACAGCUUAAGACAAAAAUGCGUGAUUCCCAGCUUCAAAAAUUUCGUGAUGAACUUAAAAACCGUUCACGGGUUUUGAAAAAGCUUGGCCAUAUUGAUGCUGAUGGUGUCGUCCAGUUAAAGGGACGGGCUGCCUGCUUGAUAGACACUGGAGAUGAGCUCCUUGUUACUGAACUGAUGUUCAAUGGUACAUUCAAUGACCUGGAUCAUCACCAAGUAGCAGCUCUUGCAAGUUGUUUCAUUCCAGGAGACAAAUCAACUGAGCAGAUACAUUUGAGGACAGAACUUGCUAAACCAUUACAACAACUUCAAGAUAGUGCAAGAAGAAUAGCAGAGAUACAACAUGAAUGCAAAUUGGAAGUGAAUGUGGAUGAGUACGUGGAAUCAACAGCGAGGCCAUACUUGAUGGAUGUGAUCUACUGUUGGUCAAAGGGUGCAACUUUUGCAGAGGUUAUACAAAUGACUGAUAUCUUUGAGGGUAGUAUCAUUAGAAGUGCUAGAAGACUCGAUGAGUUUUUGAACCAGUUGCGAGCUGCUGCUAAUGCUGUGGGAGAAGCUAAUUUAGAGAACAAGUUUGCAGCUGCCAGUGAAAGCCUUCGUCGGGGUAUUAUGUUUGCAAAUUCCCUGUAUCUAUAAGAUGUUUUUCUAGGGCUUUUGUGGUUCAGGGCGUAUGCAUUCCAGGGAAAGAAGUUUCCUUCUGCAGUAGGAAGUGCUGAGUUGCCAUCUGAGAUACCGUGAACCGACAUAAAUGGUUCCAUUUGCCUUCUCUUUUCAAAUGCAUUGAGUUUCCGUUUUUGCAGCAUUGUGUAGAUUUUCUUGUUUGACCCAUUUAACCCACAUUGUAUACAUGCAAAAUUUAGGAAACGUUGGAAAAGAACACAACAAAUAACAGAGUAAUUUCUACAUUCAUAUUUUAUUUGGAUUUUGCUGUUUAUAGCUGUUAAUACCAACACUUAAUUUCUGUC